AAGGUGGUGCUGCUGUGUGACAGCGUUAGCUUUUUGAUUUGACCUCAACAAUUUUUAUUGAAUUAAGUAUUUAUUAAAAAGUAAAAAAUAAGUGUAAAAGUUAAAAAUUAGACAGCAUGAAUUAUGCAGAUGAUCCUAACGAUCCUGAUUGGAAGGUAUCUAAAGUGAAAUCGGAAACGACCGUUAAAGACCAUCCCAACAACUCAAACAACAAACCGAAAUACUCACAGAAAUUUUGCGAAAAAUGGCUAAAAAUAUUUUAUCCAUGGCUUGCACGCUGCGAAGAUGAUCCCAAUAAACCCUUUUGUAGGGCUUGCGUGUGUCGACUGGAUUGCAACCGCUGUCAUUUGCAAAGACAUGAAAGAACAACUAAACACGCUAGAAAUUUGGAGAUCCUUAUAAGCAAGGGCGAGGGAGGUGCAAGACAAAAUCUUAGCAUUAGAAGAGAGCGCAGUAAAUAUUACAAACAACGCAAAAGAGAUCCCACAGUUGUAGCUCAGGAUGAGUGCAUGGAUGAAUUUAUUGACGAACCUGAUCCAGAAAUUGAGUUCACGUAUGAACAACAAACCGAUGAACCAACAUCCGAAGAUCAAUUUACCCAAGAGGAUAAUACAAUGGACAACACAGAUAUGAUGCCAGCGGAUAUUGUUCAGCAAAUUAUUACCACAAGGCCUAUAACCAAAAACAAUACAGCUCGCCCGCGCAAAGUCGUCAAAAAUGAGGAGACAUCCGAAGAAAUCGAAGACGCCACGGAACGCAAAGAAGGCAUGAAACUCUUGUUGCAAAUACAAAAAGACAAAAGUGAUCUGAUGGACUCAUUUAAAGAACUAAUGGGUGGCAGUUUACCUCUUUCCUCACCACCCAGAGAAAAGAAUCACGUAGAUCUAUUCUUUGAAAGUGUCAGCUCCAGUGUAAAAGCUCUAUCUCCCAAAUUAAUAGCGGAGGCAAAAAUGCGAGUCUCACAAUUAAUUUGCGAAUUGGAGUUGCGUGCAUUAACGGAAAAUGAUGUUCAUCAACAGUCAACGGUAGUUCUGGCUAAUGAAGAAGAGACUUUUGUUAUUAAUCAGAACAUGCAACAUGUUGAGACCCAUUAUGAAGCCCUAAGUUGAGAGCAUGUCAUAAACCAUAUAGGAAAAUAGCACGGAUACAAUUUUUAGAGAGACAUCAUAAAGCAAAUUAAAUUAUAAAAUACAUAACAGCAACGAAAGAAAAGCAAUUUUAAUUAAUGAUUCAAAUUUCGUGAAGAAACCUUUGGUUCAUAAAAUAUAUACGUUAAGUUCUUAAAAAAUAUACAUUA